GUAAACCGUGACAAGAACCCCUUCAUCGAAUAUGACGCCAGAGAGAAGAGAUUGAACCAGGAGAGGAAAUGGUUGCAGGAGGCCAGCGGCUUCAUGGAACAACGUCGCGAUGAGUUGCGUUUGGGGGCGCUGAUGAAUCAGCUGAACAUCCGGAGCGACGGUGAUGAUCGUCUCUAUGAGAAUCGAACCUUUUAUGGACCUCACUCUGUGGCCAUGAAAGCCAGACAAAGGGCUCGUGCGGGCAAGAUGGAACCGCCCAAGGUGGAACCUCCUAAGGAGGUGCAGGUACACGGGCGUCGCACUCCCAAGGAGCACGCCCAUUUGGUGAAACGCCUCGCGCAGGACUUGAAAUCCUCCGUGGGCGAAGAAACGCAACGGAGAUUCGUCAAAGAGACGGUGAGGACUUGGGAGGACGAAAAACAGCUCACCGCGCUGUUGUUGGGCUUCCGCUUCAGCGAGGCUGUUCAUCCGCAGGCAACCUGAGUGGGUAACCCAGCCGGCAAAUUGGCCACCCUGUAAGGGAAGGGUCAGUAAAUUCAUAAUUUUGAAGCUUCAUGGGAUUCAGCUCUGAGAGGUGCGUGUAGAUCAUGAAGUUUU